CUCUUUUUCGGCCUAUAUAUGACUCUGGCGAUGAGCUAUCAAGAUGACGAUAGUGUCUGGUCGAAAGACAUUGAAGACGCUUUUGAAGAAGCUUUAAGGAUAUAUCCGCCUUGUGGAAGAAGAAAAAUUAUUUUAUCGGAGGAGGGGAAAAUGUAUGGACGAAACGAGUUAAUUGCUCGAUACAUUAAACUAAGAACUGGAAAACACAGAACUAGAAAGCAGGUGUCUAGCCACAUACAAGUUUUAGCCCGCAAAAAGCAGAGGGAGUUGUCCUCAAAACUAAAAAGUUGUGAUGAAGAAACCAGGAAGAAUGCUCUGGAAAGCCUAGCAAGCAUGUCAUCUGCUCAAAUAGUCAGCGCCACCAUGAACUUUUCGACGCCCACUCACCAGAAUGCACAGCAUCUAAAUCUCGACGCCCGCACGGGUGCGGCGUAUACCUUUCCACUGUCGAAGCCAAAGCCUUCCCAACGCUUUGAGGAAAGGACGCCGACUCCUGCUUUUCCGGGGGACUACAUAGAGCCGAACAGCGGCUAUCAGUACCCGCUUAAAGGCGGCGGUCUUCGCCAGUUUUACAUGACCAACCUGCUUGCCUUUAAAGAAAGCUACUGGGACGGCAAUAGGAACAUUUUCCCGAUAGUUCAUAUUUCCGGAUUCCAGUCCUUCGAGCAGCCGGAAUCGGAGCGCAUUGACAUUUGGCAGAUCCUUGAUAAAUUUCCUGGGCUUGUCGAGUUGUUCAAUUACGGGCCACGAGAGUCCUUCUUUCUAGUGAAGGUGUGGGCCGACCUUCCACUCGCUGAUGCUCCAGACAACUACUUCAUAAGUUACCAAUUUGAGGGCCCAGAACUCGUAGAACUGAGGUGCGUUAACAAAGUAUAUUCAUUUGGUAAAGAUAUCGCAGAAACAAUAACGCAUCCGGAGCGACCGUACUAUAACAAUCUUGCGCAUACCUAUAUCUACAACUUCCCCACACAGCCACUGUGCACUUACUUGGUGAACUUUAUUAAUAAACUGAAGACGCUACCAAACCUGGAGAUGAUGAACUCUGUCCUUGAAAAUCUUUCCCUGCUGCAGUUGGUGACGGAAGUUAAUACCAAUAAGAUCAUGUUUUGCUGCGCCUACAUCUUCGAAGUCCACCACCGUAAUGUGGGCUCUCAGUACCACGUGUACGCACUGACUGACGGGAGGAUGCAGUAGCCACUCGAGAGUGCAAGUGGAAUAACAAAAUAACUGUACAACCAACGAAUCUCCCUUAAAUAGUCGUGUUGGCCACAUGUUUCGAUCCCUCAGGCGGACGACCCAAAGCGUUUCAUAUCUAUAAUCUACUGGUAUCCUAAUUCUCUUAGGACCUCUUCCGGCUAGCAUAG